AUGACGCCCGACUCAGAGACGAGCAACUUCAUGCCUGUAUCGCCAUGUUUCGACAGCCAAGAGCAUCGAGCAAUGGUUCGCCACCUGCUGUCCAAGUACAGCAGGCAUGAGAUUGACCAGCUACUUGAGGAAGUGGCUGGUGAAGCACCAUGUGAACUGCUAACACCCAUGUUGCCGUACGCCGCCUCUCUGGGCCCUCUCAUCGCCGACAACGUCUCGGCCGGGGCGCACUCAUCAACCCACGUGGACAAGUAUCAGAAUCUUACUCGCCAUAGAUUUCAGAGGUCCGCGUCAGGGACGUCUGCUUCACUUCCAUCCCAGCCUUCAAUCUCACCUAGGAGCUCCGUAUCGUCUGCUCCGGGGCACAGAGCAGGUGGCCGUCCGUCCUCGUACAGGUCGGACUACGCUUGUGGCUUCUGCGCCGAGGUUGGAAUCACUAAGACUUGCACACGGAGAAAUGACCUUCGCCGCCACAUCGAUCAGUUCCACAACACGAAUUCACAGUGGCUAUGCCAGCAUCGCGGCUGCCGGAUGGCCUUUGACUGGCAGACUGCGUACCAGAUUCAUCUCCGCAGCGAGCACGGGGGCUCCCAGAUGAGGAUGGAGGAGGCCAAAGUCGUCCUGUGUCCUCAAACUGUCUUUGCAUGUGGCUACGAAGGCUGUCUUCAAGUCUUUGAGGCAACUGAUGACAACAGCGCCGCGGCGACUUGGAAAGUGUACACUGCCCAUCUCAUACGACAUUGCGAGGAGGGCCGUGGUAUGGGGCUCUGGUCAUAUUCUCAACGCAUGCGCAACCUGCUCAGACAGUCCCGCCUUGAAGCUGCGUGGUCAAGGUCAUGGCCAGACGACGACCCAAGCCGCCUGCGCUGGGACCCAGCCUCAACGCGCACACUGCGCAAGCUGCUCGAGACCAGGCACCUGGAAAACGUGCCGAAGCUCAUCAAUUGCGUUGUACUGCUCGGGUCGUCUCACCAAGGAACCGGGCAACCGGAUGUCGACUUGGACCUCCACCUUCCCGUGAGAAAGGUCUGCCCUGCCGCAGCCGUGAGGCACGAGAUGCGUACAGCUUCUCCACCAGCACAAACGGCGCCGGAAGAAGAUGCGAAUUGCAUCGUGGACCCCAACAUGGGCCCGCAACAGAACACGGAUGGCGCUCAGUUGCCUCUAUCAAGCGUGUCUUUUCACGCACCUGGAUUCUCUGGCUACACUGCGCACGAUUCCACUGAUGCGCCCAUGACACCCCCGCCGGCCAUUUUCGGCCUACCCGGGUCGGCGGUUUACCACACAUCUAGCCAACCUGCUCAUCAACAAUACGCCUCGUUCGAGCCUACUGGGAGGUCAGUCCGGCCAACAGCAAUGAGCGCCGUGGCGCCGUUACAACCCAUCGCAGAUGGAUCGAGCGGCAUGCUCGGAGAAGAGUUUGCCAUGAACGACACUGCAGCCGUCCCCCGCGGACAACAUUACGGCUGGACGCAUGUGUACAGGACUGGUGGUCUCCAGAGCCCGACGUUGACAGACAUGUGCAACGAAAUGGGCAGUCCCCUGGUGCCUGUGGAACAAGGCUUGAUGGGGAGCUACUGCUCACCACGAACUAUGUGA